UCAGCGCAUGCGUAUCUUUCAAGGCGUACACGCUUAAUAAUAACGAACGGCAUUCAACCCAUUCAACCGUUAUGUUUUAACAAAAGUAAUAUACUAUAUAAAAUAAUAACAUAAAGUAUAAUGUUUUAACGGUUCCUAAACUCUUAAACAACCAAAACCGUACUUUAAAUAACGUGUGUUCCUUAUUGAAAAGUGUGUCACAGUAAUCGUUAAUAACGUGAGUAAUCGAAUACGAGUUGAUUUAAAGUUAAAAGACAACAAUAAAUUAUUAGAAAGAAGUAAAUAAAGAAAAAUGAACGGAAAUGUUCUUAAAACUGUCCGUGAGGAUGACUUUGUGGAAUACUUUUUGUUUCCUUUGGAAAGUUUCUGUGAGGACGAAUGCAAAAGAAAACUUAAAAGUGUAAUGGACAAUGUAAAUAAGUUGAUUAAAGAGUACAUGUCCGAAUAUAUUUGGCAUAGGGAUACAUUUAAUUUAACAAUAAAAUCUUUUGAAAGUGUUAAUAAAGAUCAUCUUCCUCCACAUCUUCAUGGAGUAUUACAUUAUGGUGAUAAUAUAGAAGAUGAAUGGUUUGUUGUUUACUUAUUGAAGCAAAUAACAAAGGAAAUAGAUGGUUUAGUUGCUCGUAUUAUCGAUACUGAUGGUGAAUUUUUAUUAAUUGAAGCAGCAAAUUGUUUACCAUCUUGGGCAAAUCCAGAUACAUGUGAUAACCGUGUCUUUAUUUAUAAAGGUGUUUUACAUAUUAUACCUCCUGAAACAAAAAACAAUGAUACAUUCAGUAUUAAUACAGCUCUUGAUUUAAUAAAAUCAAAACCUUCAUUAACAGUAGCAUCUCAAGAUAUCCAAAAUUGUAUUAACAGGAAAACUGAGUGUUAUCCAAUUAAAAUUAAAGAAAAUUUGCAUCAUGUAAAUGUUUAUUUGCCUAUUGGAGUGGCUGCUUUGUUGAAUGAAAAUCCACAAUUAAUUGCAUCAGCUGUGACAAGUUUUUGCAACAGAGAUAGUAUUGAUGUAAAAUAUUGCAGAGCAAUGAAGUAUUUUCCACCAGAAGUUAGAGUUUUGUCACAUGUUACUUUUACUAAAUGUUUAUAUGCAAUGUUAAUUAACAGUAAAUAUCAACCGGAUCGAAAAACGGGUUGGAAUUUACCACCAAUAAAUAGUGAAGAAUAUAAACAACAAUCUUUGGGAGUUAAAUUAGCCUGUGGUUUUGAAAUAUUAGUAUCGCAAGCAAGGGGUGGAGAAGUUGAAAAUGAUAAAGCUUUUGUGAAGUACAUAGAAAAACUAAAUGAAAAAGGUUACUUUAAAAAUUUAUUAGAACACUCCAAAGAGUACAAUGAUCUUUUAAAUAAAGCAAAGAAUUAUUACAAAAAUAUAAAUAAAUCUUCAUCUGGGAGUAAUAACUUAAACAAUUUAGGAAAGGAAAUUUUAAAUUCUUUAAAACAGUUGAAUAUUAAUUAUGAUUAUUUUAAAGAACAGGAAAAAAGUCUUCCACCAAACGACGAUGAGUCUUGGUUGAACAUCUUACCAGAAGAACUCGAUAAAAUGCUAGAAGACCAAUAUGGAAAAAACAGCAUUUUCAAGCUUAAUAAAGACACUGAUCCCACAAAAUUCACAGAAACUUUAGACUCUUUCCUAAAUCACGUGUCGGACUUGGAAGGUGCUGAAUUCCCAUUAGGUACGCUUCCAACGCGACCACCUCGAACUAAAAAACCAAACAAAGUCGUUUCAUUUUCAAACCAGAAUGAUCCAACACCAACCAACAACCGAGUCAAUUUCGAUCCGUCCUCGUUUGCUUGCGCGGUACAAGACAUUUUAAAUUUUGUUAUCCCAGAAGAUGAUUCUUGGGAAUCAAGUUCAGACUCUGAUAUGAGUGAUUAUGGUAAAGAUGAAGAAAAUUUAGUUGGAGGAGGAAUGACUGAAAUGCGUCGAUUAAUGGAUGAAAUGGAUAAGGAACUAUCUAAGACAACUAUUGGAGAAAGUUUUAAAAAUAAAGAGGAAAGUUUUGAGGAUAUUGAAACGUUUAAACCUGUUGAUAUCGAUGUGAAUGCUUUGAAGAAUAUCUUGGAGAGCUAUCGGUCCCAAAUGGGCGAAGCUGGACCGUCAAGUAAUAUGUUGGGUCCUAUGGGUGUUCAAUUAGAUGAGGUUGAUUAAAGAAAUAAUAAAGGUGCUUAUAGCUUAUUUUUAACUUUAAAACACUUGAGUGUUUUGCGUGUAAAUGUUUAUCUUUUUUAUGAAUUUAUUAUAAUUUAUGAAUAAAAUGUGUGCUAUUAUUUAAA